AUGGAAGCAGCAACAGAUCUCCAGGACACAGCCACAUUAAAUCUGAAGUUUAAAUUUAACCCAAAGCUGGGGAUUGAUAAUCCUGCACUCUCAUUAGCUGAUGACCAUGACCACCUUGAUUCCUGGGGCCUUCAGCGCCCCCGUUUCUGUCUGUUGAGCAAGGAGGUGGGGGGGACAUUUGGCUUCUGCCUGCAUGAGGAGCUGGGCCAGACUGGGCACAUAGUCCGAAAAGUGGAACCAGGCACUUCUGCUCAGCGCCAAGGACUUCAGGAUGGAGACCGGAUCCUGGGGGUCAAUGGGGACAUUGUGGAGCAUGAGGACUACUAUGGGGUGAUCCGGCGAAUCCGGGCUAGCGGUCCCCGGGUGCUGCUGAUAGUGUUGGCAGGGAACAUGGAGGAGGUUGCUCGUGCUCAUCGGACUGAUGGUGCCCGUCUCUGUCCUGUCCUGGAUUCUGGUGUCCGACCUCGGCUGUGCCAUGUGGCGAAAGAUGAGGGUGGCUUUGGCUUUAGUAUCACCCACGGAAAAAGGGGCUUUUUCUGGUUGACUUUGAGCUGUGGAGGAGCAGCAGAACGGGCCGGGAUCCCCCCGGGGGCUCGGUUGCUGGAAGUCAAUGGGAUCAGUGUGGAGAAUUUCUCACAUAGUCAGCUCAGCAGAAAGCUUCGGCAGAGUGGGGACCAGGUAGCCCUCCUGGUGGCAGGGCCAGAAGUGGAAGAACAGUGUCGUCAGCUGGGCUUACCCCUGGCUGCCCCCUUGGCUGAGGGCUGGGCACUGCCUGCCCGGCCACGCCAGCUGCAUAUAGAAAAAGGACCCAAGGGCUUUGGAUUUUUGCUUCGAGAGGAGAAAGGCCCCAAUGGCCAGCUUGGGCAGUUCCUAUGGGAGGUGGACCCAGGGCUGCCAGCAGACCAAGCUGGGAUGCGGGCUGGGGAUAGACUGGUUGCUGUGGCUGGGGACAGUGUGGAGGGACUGGACCAUGAGGAGGCUGUGACGAGGAUCAGGGCCCAGGGAUGUCAUCUCUCCCUGAUCGUUGUGGACCCAGAUGCUGACAGCUUCUACAGCAUGGUCCGCUUAUCUCCUCUCCUCUUCUUGGAAGAUGCUAGUCCCCAAGCAGAUGAUCUGGCUUCUUCCCAGAAGCUUCCUUUAGUAACUGAGGAGGAGGAUCAAGCAUCCUCGGCAACAGAUCUGGCUUCACCGCUUGAAGUUUCUACCUCCCUUGAUCGUCCUGCCCUACCUAGCUUCCGUCAAUGCCUUCUGAGCCCAGGGCCUAAUGGUGGUUAUGGUUUCCGACUCAGUUGUAGGGCUGACAAGGCUGAUAUCAUCAUUUCCCAGGUGACCCCAGGGGGCUCAGCUUUCCAAGCAGGACUUUGUAUGGGGGAUGUGAUUCUGGAGUUGAAUGGACAAUCUGUGAGCAGGGAGAAUGUUCUUGAAGUCAUGCAGCAGCUGAGUGAUGCUAAGCCACCCCUUCACCUGAGGCUGGCAGCCCAGGGAAGACGAGGCAUUGAGACCUGCAGCUCUUUAGAACCAGGAAAGGACUGGAGUCUUCCUUCUGAGAGGCUAUAGAAUAUCUUAUCUGGUGUGGAUCCGCCUGUUUUUACUUUGUCUACU